AUGAACGCAGCGCAACUCGUCGAAAAGCACUUCCAGACCCUCAAGGUCGACCAACAAGCAUGGCUCAGCUUAUACGCCCCCGACGCCGUGGCAGAAAUGCCAAACUCGCCUCAUCCCCACCCAACCAAAGUAGAGGGACUCGAGGCUAUUGGCGCUUCGGUAGCGGGCUUCGUCGGCAGUAUGGGCGAUGACUUUAAUGUCCAAAUCAAAAAGAUUUAUCCCAUCAAUGGCGAGGAUGCCGCUUUUGUCGAAUUCACCAUGACUGGAACGGUAACGAUGACGGGGAAAAAGUACAAGCAGAACUACGUGUCGUAUUUCCGCGCUGAGAGUGGCAAGAUUGUUCUGUACCGGGAGUAUUUUGACAGUUCACGGAUAGCUGCUGCUUUUGCGCUGGAUCAUUAG